AUGACUUCCGUCUUCCGCAAUGGUCGCAUUUUUGUGCCCUCAUCAACCCAAAGCAAGGGCGCCAAUGAGUUCGCCGAGGGAAUGAUCAUCACAAAUGGCCGUAUCUCUUACGUUGGCUCCCUUGAUGAUGCACAAAUCCCCGCGGACGCAAAUAUUGUUGAUCUGGACAACCGCGUUGUGAUCCCUGGCUUCAUUGAUGCCCAUGUACACAUCCUGCAUUAUGGACAUUCUUUGCAAAAAGUCGAUCUUAUUGAGUGCACAUCUCUUGAGCAAAUUCGUGCAACUAUCAAAGCCUACGCCGAGGCUAACCCAUCCGUACCGCAAAUUCUCUGCAGAGGAUGGAUUCAGUUAUCGACGAAAGGUAUUGCGCUUGCAAGCAUGCUUGACGAUCUUGACCCGCGGCCGAUCUUUAUCGAUUCGUUUGAUCUGCACUCCAUGUGGUGCAACUCAGCUGCUCUUGACGCCAUGGGCGCCCAUACUGCCCCCGAUAUUCCCGGUGGUUGUAUUCAUCGUGAUGAGAACGGCAGAGCUUCUGGGCUUCUAGAUGAGUCUGCUGUGGUGAACAUGGCUUGGCCCUAUGUGGAGAGCCUUUACUCGAAAGAAGACAACAUGGCCGCAUUGGACAAAGCUGUUCGUACCUACACCGUUGCUGGCUACACUGGUGUCGUGGAUAUGGCUAUGGAUGAAGGCACCUGGGAGAUUCUGAACGAGUAUCGCCGCGAUAAGCAUAUUCCAUUCCACAUUGCGGCCCACUGGCUCGUGCCAUAUACGGCCGACCAGAAAGUCAACUUCACCUUCGUUGAUCGCGCGAUCGAAUUGCGGAAACAGUUCAAGGAGCCUGAUUUCUGUAUCGUUGGAAUCAAGCUCAUUUGUGACGGUGUCGUUGAUGGAUGCACUGCCGCUCUGCUUCAACCAUACACCGGAAAAUCCGAUCCAGUUGAGCCCAUUUGGCCGGAGGACCAGCUACGCGAAGUUGUUCAGCGAGCUGACUCGGCUGAGCUGCAGUGUGCAAUCCACGCUAUUGGUGAUCGCGCUGUUCGCCAGGCUAUUGAUGUUCUCUCACAAGUUGGAACUCCCGGUCGUAGGCACAGAAUCGAACAUCUAGAAAUGACCACUUCCGAGGACGCGAAGAGACUUGGUGAACUAGGAAUCACAGCCUCGGUUCAACCUGUUCACUCCGACCCAGCACUAUUCAAAGCCUGGCCUAGUCUCGUCGGGCCCGAUCGAUGCAAGCGCGCCUUUGCCUACAAAGAAUUCAUGGAUGGAGGUGCACCUAUUGCUAUUGGAACUGACGCGCCGACUGCGCGUCAUUUACCAUUCCCAAAUCUCUACAAUGCGACUACCAGGCGAUCGGCACUCGAGCCCGAGUCUACUGCCACUGUCAACGCCCACUUUGGCAUCACCCUGGCUGAAGCCGCGACUGCUGCGACUACUGGUGCGGCAUAUGCACGUUUUGCAGACUCUUGGACGGGAAGUUUGCGACAGGGGCUGUCUGCCGACUUUUUGGUCGUCGACACACAAUGGACCCCAGAAAAACUUCUUGAGGCAAAGGUGUGCGAGACUUGGUAUCGGGGAAAGAAAGUAUAUGACUCAACUCAGGCUUAG